AUCAACUGGUGGCCAAUCGCCGCGGCGGCCAGAAUCUAAUUUUCAAAGGACACAUGUACACCGUGGAGCGCAAGUACAGUAACAGCAUCAACUGGGUAUGCUCAAAGAACAGCAACAUAAAGCUUCGCUGCCCGGCCAGAUGCGUCACCACUGCCCACUCCAGCAGCAUCAAGCUAAGCCAUCGUCACCACAAUCACCCAGCAGAUGCCUUCAAGCUGCACCGACCAAGAAGGCGAGGUGAUGCUGCGAGGAAGAGAAACCGACGCAACUGAAGAAGAACAAGUGCGGAUUUACCAAUUGUUAGUCUAAGGAAGAUUUCUAAAGAAUAAGAAUAUAUUAAUUUCGUUUUAAGCUUACUUGUGGCAAAAUAUAUUAAAGUUAAGCUUUA